UUCCCUCUUCCACAUCAUAAAUCACAAAGACACAAUUCAACUUAAGAGAUCAAUAUGGCCACCAUUACCAAGCCUCCUUCUAAUAUAUGUUUCCUCCUUCUGUUGCUUCUAGCACACUUCCAUUUGGGCCAAAGCCAAGUUGAGUUGAAUUACUACUCUAAAAGCUGCCCAAAAGCUGAAGAGAUAAUCAAGGAACAAGUCACACAACUAUACAACAAGCAUGGAAACACUGCCGUUUCGUGGGUCAGAAAUCUCUUCCACGAUUGCGUGGUUAAGUCAUGCGAUGCAUCACUACUGUUAGCGACGGUGAGCGAUGUAGUGUCGGAGCAGGCGUCGGAUAGAAGUUUUGGGAUGAGAAACUUCAAGUACGUAAACACCAUCAAAGCAGCGGUUGAGAAAGAAUGCCCCUUGACGGUUUCAUGCGCUGACAUUGUUGCUCUUUCUGCUAGAGAUGGCAUUGCCUUGUUGGGAGGACCAAGCAUUGAAAUGAAGACAGGGCGAAAGGAUAGCAAAGAAAGCUAUGCAACGGAGGUGGAAGCCUUGAUUCCAAACCACAAUGAUUCCAUGUCCUCAGUGCUGUCUCGUUUUCAAGCCAUUGGCAUUGACGUUGAAGCCACAGUCGCUCUUUUAGGAGCUCACUCGGUUGGAAGAGUUCACUGCAAGAACCUGGUGCACAGAUUAUACCCCACCGUGGAUUCAACACUAAACCCUGCACACGCUGAGUACCUAAAACGUCGCUGCCCAACACCCAAUCCCGAUCCAAAAGCUGUUCUGUAUUCUAGGAACGACCUUAAAACGCCAAUGAUCAUUGACAACAACUACUACAAGAACAUCUUGCAACACAAGGGUCUUCUAAUUGUGGAUGAAGAGCUUGCCACUGACCCAAUAACUGCACCUUAUGUCCAAAAGAUGGCCAACGACAAUGAUUAUUUCAACCAACAAUUCUCAAGGGCCAUUCUUUUGUUGUCAGAGACCAAUCCUUUAACAGGAGAUGAAGGUGAAAUCAGAAAGGAUUGUCGCUACCUCAAUGCCAAUUAAAUAUAUAACAUAAGGUUGCCCUUUGUGCAUGAUAAUAUGUAUAAUUAGCAUAGAUUAUAAUGCACGAGUGCGCCAAAAUAAACGGGUGGGACGUACUGGGCCUAGGUUACCAUAUUCAGUGCAAUACGCCAUUGGGCCUAGCCUUAUGUAUACGCUUAUGUUUGGGCUUUUACUUCCUGCACGCUCCCUAUUUGCGGGAAGUAAUUCCCUUCUGUUUGCUUUGUUCAUAGACAUGUCAUAUGUUACUACUACAGCUAACAAAGCCCAACAUCUUAAAGGUUUAUGGAAUUUGUGUUCUUCGUUGUCUA